UAACACUUAUAUCGUAAUCAGGCAUGAUGACAUACGUGAGCGAGUAUAUAAAGGUAUCGAACCGUCAUUCGAACGCAAACUACCGAUCGUAACAGACGAAUUUAUUUAAAAAUGUGAGUAGAUUGUAAAUAAUUUAUUAUUUUAGAAAAUUUUUAAUAAUAAAUCUGCUUUAGGACAAAUUUUAAUAAACUGAAUCCUUCCCAAUGGCGGAAUUCAUUGCAAGCCAUCCAUUCUUGGCAAAAAAUAACAUAAAAAAUAACAAAAAAUAAUAACAAACUCUGUGCAAUAAAGAAUUGCGUCCAAUAAAUUAUGGGAGGAACUGGGGUAGCAGCUUAAUGCCGUGGGGCUACCAGUUAAAGAUGCUAAAUUGUGGAGGAAGGUUCUUUCUGAUCAAGAAUACCAAGCAAAAAAAGCGUUUCUUCAAUAAGGCAUCGAAGCAGCGAACUGGUGGAGGGCCCUAUAACGAAAAACUGAACACUGCGACGGACGAACUGUUAAUCGAAGCAGCUGGACUCGAAGCUUGCGUAGAGGGCAUAACAAAUGUUUCUGCAUUUGAAAAUAACCCAACUACGCAAGCUUCGACGUUUAUCGUUAACUGUGAUAGCAGUGAUGAGGAGGCAAACCCUUUCCUCGGCUCCUUACCAGGCCCAACAACUUCAACACAUUCGCUACUCGCUACAACAACAACAACGUCAACAGAAAAAACUCCACGCAGACCGUGGAGAAAAAGUAAGAGUGACGAAAAGUUGGAGUUACUUCAACAAAACAUGAAGUCGCUAUCAGAUUUUCAAAAAAGCAUAGACCAGAAGCUUGAAAAGUUAGUAGCUGCACAAGAAAAAAUUAAGAUGGAAAAGCAUCGCAUCCAACAAUCGACGCGGGAAUUAGCCCACGAAAUAAAAAAAUUGGAGCCGAAACCUUAAGAAGAAAACAAGUAAGGAAGGGCUUAGUUCGGGUGUCACCGAACAUUUUAUACUCU